AGCACGCGUACCUGCAACAAUUUACUACUUACCGAGUUUCCAAAAAAAACGGUUAAGCUAAUUGCAAAUUGUUGUCGUCGCCAACUGGCACAGUUUUUAGCUACAAUAUGGCAAAUGUCGAAUCUAUGAUUGUGGAGGAGAAGACGCAGACUAAGCAAAUAGAUCGGGAGAAGACCUGCCCGCUUCUGCUUCGCGUAUUUUGCUCGACGGGACGCCACCAUUCUGUGUCCGAAUAUAUGUACGGCAAUGUACCCACAAAUGAGCUACAAAUUUACACCUGGCAGGACGCAACCCUUCACGAGCUGACGUCCCUAGUGCGCGAUGUGAAUCCCGAUACGCGUAAGAAAGGCACCUACUUCGACUUUGCCAUUGUAUUUCCCAAUUAUCGCAACAAUCACUUUCAAAUGCGUGAAAUUGGCGUCACAUGUACCGGCCAGAAAGGAAUCGACGACAACAAGACGCUGGCGCAAGCGAAAUUUAGCAUCGGCGACUUUCUAGAUAUUUCCAUAACUCCACCAAACCGUACUAGACGUCAGCGCCCCUAUUAAUAAAACUACACCAUAAAUACCGACUUUAAACACUACACUUUUAAUUUUCUCCUUCACACUAAAAUGCGACAAAAAUAAAGUAGACAUAAAUUUAAA